CUCCCCUUUCCGUGUUAUGGUUUGUGUUGGUAGUAAAGGUUUACCUGCGACAAGCAUAGGCGACAAGGCGUUUGUUUGCGUUGAUAGUAGAGGAGCUUGUUGCAAUUCCUCAACUUUAGAAUGCCUGGAACACGCUGCUGUGUAAAAACGUGCUCCGGUGCCUCACGCGAUUGUGAUGGAAACCGUACGAACAUACAGUUUUUUCGUUUCCCUACAUGGAAAAAGCAUCAAGGAGAGCAUGUCUCCGAUGUGACGAGGAGACGUCGGAUUGCUUGGGUGGCGGCAAUUAGAAGAAAGGACAUUACUUUCGACCACAUCUCCCAGUCGAUGAGAGUGUGUUCUCUCCAUUUUCAUUCGGGUAAACCAUCCUAUGAGAUGUUGGAGAACCACUCUGACUGGAAACCAUCUUUGCGGUUAGGCCACAGUGAUGUUCUGAAAACAGAUGAAGUGAGAUUUCAGCGAUCUGUAAGAGAGACAAGUUGGACAAGAGCUGACGACGUCCCUGUUACCCCUGGCCAAACUGUGGCAGAUCCAUGUGAAUCGUCUAAAGCACCCAGCACCCAAGUGAAAAAAGAGGAUGUUAUUGAAGUUAUCAUUGGGGAAACUGGAGAGAGGACAAAUACUACUAAUGUUUCUGAGUCACCUGAGACGUUCACCAUCGAGGGGCGCUACGGAGUGGGAACUUGGGAGCAAGCCACAGUGGAGACCAUCAUGAGCUUGAGGUUGCUAGGCACCACAGUCACCACCACUCAGGUUGCUCAGACUAUAAUUGCAAAUCUCAAAGACGAGAACGACUUCCUUUGUGAGCAGAAUGCUAACCUGGGGGCAGAACUGAAGGCGAUGCAGUGGAUGCAUGAACAGGAACUCCGUGAUCUCCAGGAGAGACUGGAAAUGUUGAAACAGAAGUGUUCAUGUGGGGCCAUGUCAGAAACUACAGACACCAGCUCAGAGGCGGAACAUUCGGAUGUCAUGGUUGCCGAGAUAAAGACAGAACCUCAUGAUAGUGGGUUGGACUUACAGGGAAAUAGCAUUUACUGAAAACAUUACAUGUUUUAUAUCAUAUUUUGUUGUAGAACAACAACUCACUCCUCACUCAUGAUUUCUUCAUGAAACGUAGAAUAGAAUGUUCUUUUUCUAGGGCCUAGAGCCAUUCUACACACAGUUAGAUGCAUAUUGAUGGCUUCUGAAAAUAGUUCAUUUGGUAUCUAAUAUAUUCAGGUUCCUAAAAGUUCCAGUGAAAACGUGUUUAUUAGUAUGGUUAGCCUUGUUUUAUUCAGUGUGUAUGAUCUCAUUAAAAGAUUAACAUGA